CUCUCUCCCCCCGUCCUCCUCCCUCCCUCCCUCAGGCAGCCAGGCAGCAGCUCCUCCGUUCAGGCGCAGUGUGGUUCAGUGUGAGCAGCUCGGCCGGCCUCCCCUCCGCGCUCAAUGGACUAGAUUCCCCCAGCCACGUAAGAAGCACCGCGGCGGCCCCACCGGAGAGAGGAUGUCCUGCUGAAUCCAGGGAUUGGCCUGGGAAAGUCGGCCGGCCGUCCCUUUCCUUCCUUCUUUUUUUCCCUUCCUUCCUUGCAUCUCUCUCUCUAUCAGUUUUUUUUUUCUCUGGAACCAAGAGAGGGACUCCCUGCACACAAAGAGCCGCAGCAGCAGCCUCUCUGGAUGGGCAUUUUCUCCCCCCGUGGCCCGCUGACAGCCGCCGGUGCACGGAUGUGUGAUCCCCGGGAACAAGGCCGGAUUGACCUGGUACUAGUUAGCCGCCGAAGCUAACUAGUUAGCUCUGCACCUGCUAGCAAACAUUUUUUUUAAUCCUCGCUUUGGCUUUUGGUAAAACUUCCUUUAUUUUGUGUUGUAUUAUAAUUUCUGUGCCUGAAUUAUUUCGCGAAACGUGCCAUUAUAUUGCGUAAAUACCGGCAACAUAAGCAGGCAGACGGGCUCCAUUCAUUGGUAAAGCUAACUUUUGGUAGCCUUUGUUGCAGUUUUGUUGCUUUAAAAGGUGAAUGAAACCGACUCUGUUUGAUUUUUACCUCCAGAAUGGAAAACAAAAGGAGGUCAAAUGAGCUGUAAAGAAAUAUUAGAGCCGUUUUUGUAGCAGCGACUCCAUUUUUUGUUGUUUCUCCAAGUGCAAGGUGCAGCUGAUUUUUCUUUUGUUUUUUUCUGUUGUUUUUUACUUUUUUUUAAGCUUUAGCUUCACUGUCGGAGCGGUUGUGUUGUUUUUGUUGGUGUUUUCUCCUCAAAUCGAGCCGGAAGGAGGAAGGUUUCCCCACCUCACCACCAUCAUCAUCACCACCGUUUUGUGGAGUUAUCGCACUUAUUCCUCAUGAACAUACAGAGGUCAAAUCCAAUUAACAUUUCACGUUAUGGGAGAUCGCGGCACAAAUCGCACGAUUUCGAGGAGCUAUCCUGCUUAAGGACUACAGAGUCGCACCAGAGCUUCAGCCCCAACCUCGGGUCCCCCAGCCCACCGGAGACCCCGGACUCCUCGCACUGUAUCUCCCGCAUCGGGGACUACCUUUUGUUGGAGCCGCUGGAGGGAGACCACGUUUUCAGAGCCGCCCACCUGCACAGCGGGGACGAGCUCGUAUGUAAGGUUUUCGACAUUGGCCGAUACCAGGAGUCACUGGCGGCCUACUUUGCUCUGGGCCAGCACCAGCACGUUAACCAAAUCCUGGAGAUUUUGCUCGGGGAGACACGAGCGUACGUGUUCUUUGAGAGGAGCUAUGGCGACAUGCACUCUUUCGUCCGCACCUGCAAGAAGUUGCGAGAGGACGAAGCUGCCAGGCUCUUCUAUCAGAUAGCCUCGGCUGUGGCACAUUGCCACGACAACGGACUGGUCCUCCGUGACCUCAAACUGAGGAAGUUUGUCUUCAAAAACGAGGACAGAAGCCUUGUGAAGCUGGAGAGCCUCGAGGACACUUAUAUCCUGGAAGGUCACGAUGAUUCUCUGUCAGACAAACAUGGCUGCCCGGCCUACGUCAGUCCUGAGAUCCUCAACGCCAGCGGCAGCUAUUCGGGGAAGGCGGCCGACGUCUGGAGCCUGGGCGUCAUGCUGUACACCAUCCUCGUGGGGCGCUACCCUUUCCACGAUGUCGAGCCGGGCUCCCUGUUCAGCAAAAUCCGCCGAGGCCACUUCAACAUCCCCGAGACGCUGACGCCCAAGGCCAAGUGCCUGAUCCGCUCCAUCCUCCGCCGGGAGCCCGCGGAGCGCCUCACCUCUCGGGAGAUCCUGGAGCACCCCUGGUUCGCCUCGUCCGGGGCGCUAGGGGCGCCGUCGUGCACGGCCGAGGGGAGCGAGAGCAGGAGCAGAUGGUGCCUGAGGUGAACAUGGAGGAGGAGCUGGAGCAGUUCUUCAGCUGAGCAACAACACCAAGCACAAACGGACGACUCCGCCACGGUCGGCUCGCCACGGUCACAGCAGAGCCAAAAACAGUAGUUUAGAGAUAAAUAGGUGAAUUUGUCACUCAUAAUAAAGGUGUUUCCAUCCUGUUUCCUUUUCCACCAUUUCAUGGAAAACCUUGAGCCUGGCAUGACAAAUGGCAUCUAUACAUCAUCUGGCGACACGGCUCCUGAUCAGGGACGUUGCCACCAGACAUGCAAGUUGCAAAUAAUGUAGCAAAUGUUCUUUUUUUUUUGGAUCUGUUUGGUUUAAUGUGGUGCUCAUAAACACAUUCACCAUUUUUUGACACUAUGGAAAGCAUGAAGGGACAUCGCAGGAAUCCAAGGAUAAAUGAACUGACAAACUGCGACACCACAUGUUUUCUUACGGAUUUUUUGUUUAGGUUUUUUUCUGUAAUAGCUUUAGGUGGUAAUAAUUGAAACCACACACCCAGAGUCAGAAAUAACACCCCCAAGUUCUAAACUUAGACGAGGUGAUUAUCCUGACCUGGGACUAUGGGUGAGGAAACGGAGCAGCGUAGGCUUUUUUCUCAUCGUCGUCAUAGCUUUUUGUUUCAUUGUUUGGUUUUGUCAUUUCAUUGAAAAUUCUGCCACUAAACUCCUUGAUGGCCUUGUUUUCAAUUUCUGUCUCCUAAGCUGAUAUCACACUUUUGUAAACCAUCUUUUUGUUCUUAAGCUAUUCCAAUCUGUUGUUACUGCUGCUUUAAUGUCACUCCCUGAACCUCAGAUCUUCAAACCAUUUUCUUCCCAACAUGCACUUGAUGUGUUAAGGUGAAUGGACGAUUCCACCUCUUUAAAAAAGAAAAAAAAAUUAGCUUCCUUUUAUUUAAAUUCAUUCUUCAGUUGUAGGAACGAGAACAUAACAUUUAUUUAAAUUGUAACAGCUAUAUAUAAAUAUAUAUAAAUAAAUAUAAAUAUAUAUAUUUAAAACUACAUUGCAGGGUUUUUCUUUAUCCAGAGAUUCCUUUUUCAUGUAUGAUGUAGGCAAUAUGUUGACACAGGACAGGCGCUACGAGGAAAAAAAAUGUCUGUCUGAAGUUUUAGAAUAUCUUCUGUGCCAGUAUUCCUGUGCCCUGACAGCCCAUGCCACCCAGUCUCCCUCGUUUCUUUUUCAAAAACUUGAUACGA